AGACUAGGUGGAGUAAAACUGAGCCUGUGGGGUGAGCAGCACUGGGCUGAGGAGACAUGCACGAAAACAGACUGCAGAUGGGCGAGAUAAACAGCAUCCCCAGGCUGUGACUGAGUAGGCAGGCCUCUUUAAUGGCUCUUAGCAACGCCCCUGCUCUGACCCUCCUCAUAUGUGAGGAAAAUCAAAUCAAUACACUGUUCUUCAGACCACGAUGCUGCAGCAGCAGGGCAUUGUGGCAGCCUUCAUCUCGUGAAUUCAUCAGCGCUUUUCAGGUUGCUCGUCUCUGGAUAUCCAUCUCCGCCGAGGAAGACCCCAACCGCAUCUUUAAUCGGAUUGCUUGAGCUUCCAUGUGCAACCUUCUUCUUACUAGCAAGUAUUAGAGAUGGCAAACAGAGGACCAAGCUAUGGCUUAAGCCGAGAAGUUCAGGAAAAAAUUGAACAGAAAUAUGACCCGGAAUUAGAGUCUAGGCUGGUGAACUGGAUUAUUGUACAAUGUGGAGAACAGAUAGAGCAUCCUCCUCCAGGAAGGCAACAUUUUCAGACCUGGCUGAUGGAUGGAACGCUGUUAUGCAAGUUAAUAAACAGUUUACAUCCAAAGGGAAAUGAACCCAUUGCAAAGAUCUCUGAAUCAAAAAUGGCUUUCAAGCAGAUGGAACAAAUUUCUCAGUUCUUAAAAGCUGCUGAAAUCUACGGAGUAAGAACAACAGAUAUUUUCCAGACAGUGGAUUUAUGGGAAGGGAAGGACAUGGCAGCAGUGCAGAGAACCUUAAUGGCUCUAGGCAGUUUGGCAGUCACCAAGGAUGACGGCUGCUACAAAGGAGAUCCAUCCUGGUUUCACAGGAAAGCACAGCAGAAUCGACGAGGAUUUUCAGAAGAGCAGCUUCGUCAGGGACAGAACGUAAUAGGCCUUCAGAUGGGCAGCAACAAAGGAGCAUCACAGUCGGGUAUGACAGGCUACGGGAUGCCAAGGCAGAUUAUCUAAAAGUAUCUCUGUCUGUAGAGAAAACCCUCUUUCUGCAGCAUGGUCUGUUUAAAAAAAAAAAUGAAAGAAAAAAAAGAAAAAAUGCUCAUUAGUUCCCUUUCUGCCUGGUUUUUAAUAGUGCUCUUUAAGGUUUGGAGUAUUUUUGGUUUGUUUUAUUUGCAGCUGCAAGAGUUCAUCUAGGAACUCGGAUUGUCGUGGUAGUGUGUGUCAGUUCACAGCAUGUGCGCACUGCUGCCUCCUACUUUUCACUUCUGAACUAUGCAAAGACAAUUAUUCUGUAUUAAUUUAUUUGCAAAGUGUUAUCUUCCAUAAUUGUCUCACACCGCACUUGUAUUUCAACCAGUAACCUCAUUCUUCAAUUCAGUGAUGGUAUUGUUUGACCUAAGAAUAAAGACAAGUUAAAGACACA